AUGUUAAGUAAAACAAGAUUCAGAAUAAAUGAGAAAUGGAAAAGGUGUUACAGCAGUGUAGCUGAAAGGAUAAGUAAAGAAGAUGACUCAAUAAUUAACUACAAAAUGGUAUUAGGGUUAAAACGAAUAGACAUUUUUAAUUUAUCUUCAUUAUGUAGAGACUUUCAUAAUAUCUUUAGAAUAGAUAAAUAUCAACUAUUAAAAUAUGCUAAUGAUAUAUUACCGUAUGUUAAAUAUUUAAGGACAAGUGAAAUAGUAAUGAUUUUGCAUCAUUAUACUUUUAUAAAUUAUAACAAUCAUCAAUUUUAUAAUACACUUUGGACACAAAUAAUAAAUAAGUUGCAUGAUAUGGAUUGUAAAGAACUAGCACUUAUUAUUUACAGUAUGGGGAAAAUAAAAUAUAUGAAUAAAGAAAUGAUUUUAUUUUUUGAAAAAGAAAUAAAAAAAUGGGCAUCAAAAUUAACAGGAAGAGAUUGUUCCUUAAUAUUAAAAGGAAUGAAAAAUUUAAAUUAUGACAAUGAGCAAAUCUUUUCAUUAAUAUAUGAAAGAAUAUUAAAUAUUACUGAUCAACUUAACUUGUUAGAUAUAUGUAUUAUUUUAAAUACACAUAGUAAAUGUAAAAAUAUAAAUAUACGUGUAUUCGAAAUUUUAUUAAAUAAAUCCUUAACAUUUUAUUCUUCUUUUAAUGAACAGUGUAUAGGAUCUAUCUUAUGGAGCAUCAGCAAUGCGAACAUCAAAGCGGAAAAAUAUUUCGCUUUGUUAUCCUUAAGGUUGCGCCUACUUAUGCACAAGAAGCUGCUUAGGGAAGGACACAUAAGGGGGCAAGAAGACACCACUGGUGCCCACGGCAAGAGUGACAACAGUAUUAGUAGAGUCAGUAGUGACAACAGUAUUAGUAGUGGUAGCCGUGUCAGUAGUGACAACAGUAUUAGUAGUGGUAGCCGUGUCAGUAGUGACAACAGUAUUAGUAGUGGUAGCCGUGUCAGUAGUCCGAACUGCACGCAUAAUGAAGAUAGCGACUCUUACGAUAAUAGCAGCUUAACUGUAAGCUCUCAAAAGGGUAAUACAGAAAAAAGUGAAUCGGGGAUGUACUAUGGGAAUAAUAAAAAUAAUUUGAGGGAUAAAAUUGUUUCUUCUGAUAAAGCAAAAUGUACAGAUAUUAACAACGUUAAUAGCGGCACAGUUAGUAGUGGACAUGCCAGUCGUAGCACCUGUGAAGAAUAUGUUAAAGAUGAAAUGCUUGAAGAUAACCUAUCUGAGGACACAAACAUCUUAUGUGAUAAUACUGAAGAUACAAACAAUUUGAAUUUUCAAAUUAAUCCUAAUAGUCGAUGUAAAUAUGAAAAUGUAAUACCAUCAAUUAUUUAUUCCUACGGCAAACAAAGAACAUAUAUGAAACAUCAUAUUAAUUUUGACAAAAGUUUGUACAAUUAUAUAAUGAAUAGUUACAAUAUAGAAGAAGGUAUUAACAAUGCACCACUAGAUACAUUAUACAUAUAUGAUAUUUCUAGAAAGAUUUUAAAAAAUAAUAAUAUUUUUAAUAAUAAUGCGAAUGAGAAAAAUAAAAAAAAUAAUAAAAUAGUAAAAUAUCAUACCAAAAAGAAUUAUUAUAAAGAUAUUAUAUAUAUAAUAAAUAAUUAUCUAAUAUUUUUUCUAAAUAAGGUGCAUUACAAUGACUUAAAAAAUGUGUUAUAUGGUAUAGCAAAAAUUGAAAUGUCUAUUAAUAAAAAACUAUAUCAUAAUAUAUUCGAAUUAGUUAUUAUUUAUGUAAAACAAAAUAUGUAUAAAAGUUAUGAACUUAUUAAUUUAUCAAGAUCUCUGUCCUUGUUACCACAUGUAAAAGAAGAUGUAUGGAAAUGUGUUUUAGAUUAUUAUAAAAAUAACUUUCUUUCAAACACAAGUGUAAAAAAUAAUUCUUAUUUAUUUUAUAUCGUUUCCUUUGUAAAAAAACUACAAAAUAAUUCAAAUUUUCAUUUAUAUUUAAUUGAACAUAUAAAUAAAAAAGCUCCAACUAUAUCUAAAGAUGAUGUAAUACACAUAAUAAGGGGAUUAAUAAAUCUUCAUUAUUACCAUAAUGACUUAGUUAAUAAUGUUUCCAUUUUUAUUGAGAAGAAUUACCAGUGUUUUAACUUGAUCGAUAUUGUUUAUAUAUUAAAAUACUUUACAUCGAUGAAAUUCCGGCAUGUUAACAUUUUUUCCUUAUUUGCCUUAACAGUUCAGAAAAAUAAUAUAACUUGUAAUUACUCAAUCAUUUCAACAAUAGCAUCCUUCUAUCUGCAGAUGGACAUAUUUCCAAAAGCAAUUGAGGAUGUACUACUGCAAGAAAAGAAAAAUAGUGAACGGAACUUUAAAACGGAGGAGAUUUAUUGUGAUGAGGAAUAA